AUUCAAUUUGAUAACAUUUUUACUUUCUGUCUUUUUCUUUCGCUAUAUCAACGUACUACCUGCGUCAGAAAGUAGCACAGUUCAAGAUGAACCUCGACGUUCCAUCCGGUCGUCGGAAAACUAUCAAAUUUAGAACAAGAAAUUUUUCUAUUGAGGAUGAUAAAUAUUGGAUACAACCGUCACGAUGCACUUCCGUAGAUAUGUCGUCAAGGGAAAUUAUUAAUAAGCUGAACGAAAUGGAACAAGAAGAGAAGCUGUUCAUAACAUAUGAUGUCAUUGAACGUAAUCCAAAGUUUGCAACGGUCGGUGGAUCAAUCUUUGAAUUCAUCAACAACACGAUGCAACCUAUUCUUAAAUGUCAUCUAUCGCAAGUUAAAGACACAAACAUGUUGCACUUAAUCGCGUCUUCCUUCUUCAAAAGGAGCGAUCUUCACGAGAUUUGGGCUAAAUGCGAGUAUCCGAUUUUUGCUGGGUUACUAGUGGUGUACGUCAGUGAAAAAAUGAGGAAAUUGUUUUCGGGACAACACGAGCCGGUCAUUGCCGAAGCAUUUGAAAAGAUUCAAAAUUCGUUUGACGAUGAAUGCACUGCACUUCUAGAUCAAUGUUUUCAUACAAGUGAACGAGACACUAGAGCUGUAUUGGAUACAAAUUAUCAUUUAUUUAUCCAUACAGAUGGAUGCCCUUCAGUUGAAGAGGAUAUGGAAGUGAUGGCAUUAGCGUCGGCGGCGAAGGCAAAAAACUUCCUAUCUCAUCCAGCAUGCCAACGAGAAAUUGACUUUCGAUGGCAGCCUGGUUUCAAAUUAGGACAAAUGGCAUUCUUCUUAUUUUUCUUUUUUCCGCCGUUGUUUUUCUUACGCGGAAAGCAGAGAAUCAAGAAACGAGAAAUCAAAACAAUGAUGUUGAAAAUGGAUCAUUCUGGGAAUAUGACUUCUAUUACUUAUAGUAAUUUUCUUAUUCGAGUCUACAAUUUCUAUACAUCUCCAAAUGCAAAAUAUGUUAUUCACACUCUUUUUCGGUUAAUAUACGUGAUAUUCUAUGCAUACGUUUUGAUGACAAUGACACGAAAAACAAUGGUUAUGAAUGAAUUAGACGAGUUUUUGGAUGAAAUGGCUAUUAUAGUUUGGCAGUGUGCAUAUCUAACUGAAAUGGCUGUAUUGGUUUAUCAAAGAGGUUUCUAUAAUUGGGCUGAACGAAAUACAGCUGAUCUUUACCGUAACUAUUUGGUUGCAAUGACAAUGAUAGCCUGGUCUGUAGCUGUAAUUGCUCCUCCAACAUGGCCUAUUCGAGCUUUUGCAAUCAUUUCUGCCGACUUAUUCUUUUAUUUUUCUUUCGUUUUUGCAACUCUCCGACUCAUGAAAAUUGCAAAUGUCGAUGCAUUUUUUGGUUCAAUUGUCCUUAUGAUCAAGAAAAUGAUUCCAAUAAUGGUCAAAUUUAUGUUUGUGUUUAUGGUAUUUUGGUUCACCUAUGCAGUUUGUCAUAUCAGUUUGGCGGGGCAUUUGAAGAGUACUCCAAAUAUAACCGAUGUCGUUUGGCCUUGGCUGAUUUUCAGUAGUGGUGCAUUUGAAAUUUUUGGAGAAGCUGAUGAGGAGGAUAAACUAGGGACUGUCAGUAAAUGCUCGUCAGCACCUCUGAACUGGGACGUCAUUACUGAUUCUUCGGUACAAUGCUGGUUCAAAACAAGUAUGAUACCUGUAUUCUUAUUCUGUUACAUGUUGGUCUCAAGUGUACUCCUUGUGAAUUUGGUUACCGCACUCUUAUCGAAAAAGUAUGAAGAUAUUGACAAAGUUUCACAUAUUUACUGGAAAUAUAAACUGUAUAGUCGGUUGAUUGAGUAUGAAGAAAAAUUAUGGAUUCCUGCACCACUCUCGUUGCUCUUUUACAUUCUCAAAACUUUUUGCUUUUUUCUAUCAAAAAUUCCAAUCAUUGGAGUUAUACCCAAUUACUUUAUGAAAAUUUUACACAUUUUCGAAGGGAAAGUAUAUGCAAAAGAAAGGAGGAAAAAUCGAAAAUAUGAAGCAGUAAUGAAUGGAUUAAUAUCUAACCCGAAUCGAUGGGAUGGUCCUACAGAAGAUGAGAAAAAGUCAGUGGAAUUAGUCAGAGAGCAAAUGAGCAUUUUGGAAGCUGACCGUAAAAGGAAACGCCUCGAGACGGACCUCAUUCGAACUAGAUUUGAGGAGAUUAUGUCUGAAAUUGAAAACACGAACCGGUUCAGAAGAAUACGAUCUCAAACAACGUUCUAGCAAUUUCGCGUGGAAUUUAUUAUUUUAAACGAAACAUUCAAAACGUGGAAUAAUAUUGCACAACUUGAAAGUUUAUGGAACAUUAUUUCAAAUAAAGAUGUAUAUUAAAAACUAUC